AUGAGGCACGCUGUGCCACCGGCUAACGUUGUUCCGAAAGUAAUGGUGCGACGGCGACCACAGAGCACUGCGUCGCAUAACAGCUUAGCCUCAUCAGGAUUGGAGAAUAUAGCCUGGAGAAAUUCAGCGAGCCUUUCAACGAGUAUUUGUGAUUCUCAAUGUAGGAACACAUUGUGUGAGGAUGAUCCAGCACCUAGAACGGCUAAACUGGAUGGUUUGUUGAAAGAAGAAUUCGAGCUGGUCCAAAAAGGCAUGGAGACAGCAACGAAACUCUUAUCAUGGUAUCGUGAACGGAUGUCAUCCCUCGAGAAGCGGAAACGCCUACUUGGACAUGGGAUGGUGGCAUUGGACGUCGCUGUACAUGAACAGAAACUAAAUUUUCUUCGUGCCCAUCUCACAGAACUGAACAGGCGGAUGGUAUCGCUGAUGGAAAGCAGUGAACGAGGGUUCCCGUCACAUGUCAUGUUACAAAAGGAUAAGCUCCCUCAACCACAGGAUGAUCAAUUAGCGUGGCUUCAUCGACAGAAUUUGAUGCUCACUCAGGAACUCGGAGAUAAAUCUAGAAUGCUGGAGGAAAUGAAAAAAGAAAAGGAAAACUUCAGCAGCAGUGGCAGCAAUGAUGGUCGCCCGGUUAGCAUUCAACGGCUACAACAGCCAAGAGUCGGAGCAUCUCAGCAGAGACCAUCAGCAUUUGUUCGCCCAGCGUUCCACUAUCAACCGGUGCAACAUGUUGCUGCUUCACCGGUCAAAAGUUACGAUACCUUGAUGUGA